AUGAAUGCCGAAGACAGUGCAAAGCCUUGGGAGCAGUGUCCUCACUGCAAGGAGAUAUUCGGCCAGGUAUACGACAAGCGGAUUAAGCUGUCAAGCAUCGUGGCGUCCAAGUGUGCAAGGUGCUGGGCAGUGAGGGAAAUUCUCUCAUGCGUAACAGACACCGCAAACCCAUGGACGGAAUUGGUUGGUAGUAUCUGGCAUGACAACACGUUGGAGAUUGGCGUCAUUACACCAGAGGACAGCCUUGAAACAGCAAAAGGGUAUAAAAUAUACAUCGUUGCCGAUUCCGAAAAGCACGCCAGGUCGGACUCUAGGCUGGGAAUCCCCAUUGCCUACACGCCUACGCAUAAAAACUACCGCCCAAUCAAGGAUUCCGAUGCAGAACGCAUUUCCGUAGCCAAGGGAUGGCUUGCAGAUUGCGUGGCUUCACACGAGACAUGCAAUGCAGAGUGUCAGGAAUACGAAUGGCCCAGGCGCGUUCUUGAUAUCUCACAGGACGAUGUGAUACGGCUCGUCAGCAUCGAAGACCCUCCCCACGAGGCAACAUAUGUCGCUCUCAGUUACUGCUGGGGACGGAGAGGCGGCAACCUGUGCACAUACGAGAGCAACUUGGCCCAGCAUAGACAGGGAAUUCCCUCGAAAUCCCUUCCUCAAACUAUCCAAGACAUCGUUUCCGUCUGCAAGCAGCUCGGGCAGCAGUAUCUGUGGGUCGAUGCCUUGUGCAUCAUCCAGGACGACCCAGCCGAUAAGAUGGCUCAGAUACCGCGGAUGGCAGACAUAUACUCGGGAGCGCUCCUCGUUAUCUCUGCUGCAGGCACGGCCGAUGUCCUAGAAGGCUGUCCACUUGGGCCACCCGAGUUGCAGCCUUCUCAGCCAAAGGUGUUCGAACUAGAGUAUACCCGACACAUAGGAGCUGAUUCCGAGAACAAGACAGCCGGCAAAGUAACGGUAGUGGUAGAGCGAAUGGAGCACGAGCAUUGUCGACGCCUGCCAGGCCACUGGGCGCGCGAGACAUUCGACCAGGACGGCGUGGAUCUGCUCAACACCAUAGAGGACCGCGCCUGGACGUUCCAAGAACGGUUCCUGGCCAAGCGAGCUCUCUAUAUCGGCAAAGGCGAGCUGUCGUGGGUAUGCGCCAGCGCUGUCCAGUGUGAAUGUAGAAAGAGUCGCCUAGAGGUGAAGAAUGAGGAUGGCGACCGCGUGUUCAAUCAUCGAUACUGCAUCGGCCAUGUCUCUACAAAGAGGCUCUUUUCCGAUUCAAACAAGGACAUUUACAAGACCUUCUCGUAUCUGUGGACCGAGAUUGUUACAAUGUACUCUGCGCGUCUGCUUACGCAGUUCACAGACCGUGUCGCUGCGCUCGAGGGUUUGUCUGCGGCUUUUAGCAGACGAUGGCCAGACGUUUAUGCAAGAAAGGACUAUGCUUUUGGGUGCUGGGAGCCAUUUCUGAGGGACCUUUUAGUCUGGUACGCUACUGGGGAGCCGGUUUCUGAGAAUGUAAAGAGAGACCUGUUUCCAUCCUGGGCAUGGCCAUCAAGCGGGAGAGCUGUAACCUUUACGAGCUGGGUGUGGUAUGGCGUGGACCCAAAGCCGUGGGUCGAAGUACUCCGUCUCGAGCGAGGCCAGCUGUUCGACGAAGUAAACGUAUUUGGUAGCGGAAAGGGAAUACUGACGAUCCGGGCUCCCUUGAUUGCUUGCACAGGAGAAGCAGCCGCUUUCGACGAUGGCAGCCAAGGGGAUGAUGUUCUCUAUACGGCUCUGGAUGCCAAGCUACCUUUUCUGAAAGGGUAUCCAUCCCUUGAUGAUCCAAGUCAAAAAGAGGAGUGGAAGACAGUGACACACAUGAUUCUGCUCGCGAGUUACCCGUUUAAGGCGCAAGGCUCAUCGCGUCCCUUGUCUUUUGCUCUCCUCUGUGUCGCCCCUGUUCCAGGCAAAGAUGAGUUUCGCCGCAUUGGCAUGAUGACAACCGUGCGACCAAAAAGAACGUUUGAAGCACAUGAAUUUGAAGAACUGCUUGUUCCUCAUAUAUCUGAUGUUAAACUUGUAUAGCUGUCAUGUAGCUUGUGGUAAUGCAUCUUUUUU